CCAUUGGCUAGCUGACAAUCGCAAAAACUGUCAGCUUUCUGAUCACUUUUCUCGCCUUUUGAAAAUUGCGCUAACGGCCAAACACGGCUGCCUUGUGUUCUCCCAUUUCUGCGCACCUGCCCGAUCAACAAGCCCUUGCCACCCGCUCAUAAGUACUUCUCGCCCGCCCACUCCGCCAUCCUCCUUUCAUCCACUCCCAACAAAACCCAUCACAUUCCAUCUGCAUCUCCACUUUCAACCACUUUCACCACAGUAACAAGUAUUUACAAUGGCCAGGACAAAGCAAACAGCCCGCAAGUCUACUGGUGGUAAGGCCCCACGUAAACAGCUUGCCUCUAAGGCUGCUCGCAAGUCGGCUCCUUCUACGGGUGGUGUCAAGAAGCCUCAUCGUUACAAGCCUGGUACGGUCGCUCUCCGUGAGAUUCGUCGCUACCAGAAGUCGACGGAGCUUCUUAUCCGCAAGCUUCCUUUCCAGCGUCUGGUUCGUGAGAUUGCUCAGGAUUUUAAGUCCGACCUGCGUUUCCAGUCAUCUGCCAUCGGUGCUCUGCAGGAGUCUGUCGAGGCCUACCUUGUUUCCCUCUUCGAGGACACCAACCUGUGCGCUAUCCAUGCCAAGCGUGUCACCAUUCAAUCCAAGGAUAUCCAGCUUGCUCGUCGUCUCCGUGGUGAGCGAUCCUAGAUGCAUUUGACGAUAUUGAUUCAUUAUGGCGACUUGAUCGGCAAGGAUGGUGUGUCCAGUAAGGCGUUUAUAGGUUGAUGAUUCACUAUGGGAAUGCGGGAAUGGGUUGGUUUUAAACAUCAUGAUUGCACCACAUCGGUGCUGGGAGGGUGUACAUUAGUUAUCAUGAAACAAUGGACAUUGAUCCGAUCCGAUCUAGCCCUUACUCUUGCACUAUUCCCUACGUCUUCUCUGGUUAGCUUUGCCUCAUAAUUCGUUGGGUAAUUUGUCUUAUGCGUUUGCGGUACAUUGUGAAUGAGAAACUCCCUGCUCCAGAUUGCUUCUGUCAUGCUCUAUAAAACAUUGAUUCAUGCAUGUUGUGGUUUCCCAACGUUAGUGACACUGUCGCUUUCCCCCUUCAUGGUAACCUCUAG